UGCAUCGGGGCCAUAAAUACUAACCGCGGACGGUGAAACUACGGAAAAUUGCGACGACUGUGCAAAGCGCGAAUGACGCGUCGUGACGCUUCCCUACGUCCGAUUAUCCGAUCUGAAUCAAAUUGCGAUUUGUUCGACGAGGAGGGAAGCUCGCGAACGUACGUACGCGCGGUCACCUGUUUCCGCGUAAUCCACUCCAUCCGACGAUGACGACGUCUCUCGCAAGAGGCGAGAGAGGCGAAUCCUUUCUCUGUCUUACCCCUCAGGAGGCGUCUCCCCUCCUUAUUCCUUCUGACUUCUUGUUUCGCUGCGCUCGUCUCGGCGAAGGAUCCUACCUUGCAGUACGUGUUUAUCCAGGGUAUAAGACAGCAGAGGAGCGGGCAAGUUAGCGUAGGAAGAGAAUCGCCGAGUGUCACGCAGCGAUUGCGAGCGCGGGAACAAGAGGGAACACAAGAGGGAAUACAAGGAGGAGAGAAGAGGGCGCAGAAGAAAAGGGAGGAGUUCGCGGUGCACGCUCCGUAAUCAUCGCCGAGGCUGCCGGGGUCGCUACACCGGCGAGUCUGACAGCAAGGUCGACCGCAAAAUAGUCUCAACUGCCAAACGUCCUUGAUCCCUUAACGAAGAAGGGAAGAAGGGAAGACGGAGAGAGAAGCGCGAAGGAGAGAAGAGCGACAGGGGAAACAGGAUAGACUGGCGCGUCUCGCGCUAGGGAUUCGAGCACCGAGGGACCGACCACGUACUCCAAACGUUCAGCAUUUCCCUCUUAUCGAAUAUCGCACGGCCGUAUUGUGUUCGGUAGUGUCGAGCGCUAUCGCGAUCACCGAGUCGCGCCGGAGUUAUCGGCGAGGAUUGCCCCUCGGCAGAUUUAAAUGACAUUUUCAAGGAGGCUGCUUCCGUUUCCAAAGUAAAUUCGAAAAUUAUCAUGUUGCUGCAACGAUUACGCUGGCUAUUGUUCGCACUAAUUGUGUCUUGGACGAAGCUGCAGUUUAAUGAAGCUUUACCGGCUCACGACGAACGUUCGCGCGUGUUUGCGAAUACGUUCAGUCCUAGCGUAGCCACUUCAACAAUGAUUCGCCAGGAUUACAACAAGCGCACGCAUCCUCCGAACGGCAAAAACGACACGCAGUCCAGCCACAAACUGGUCGCUUCGCCGGCCGGACUUUUGCGGCCCGACAAGUUUCAGUUUUAUACUUACGACGAAAAGGGCGAUAUGAUUACGCGGCAGAUGACCGUUGAGGAAAUUCAAGGUCUCAUUGCAGCAGGUGGUGCGGAUCACGUCGCGAUGGACAAGCAAGAACCUCAAAAAGCCGACGACGUCCUAACAGGUGGCAAGAAGGUCAUGGAUGUAGUACAGAAGGUACAGAACGUGUUGAAGAGCGCGCUCGACAAACCGCCGACUUUAACGGGCACAAUACCGAAGAUUCCGGAACACGCGAAUGUCGAAUGGAGCAACAUUCUACCUUCUAUUCUCUCCGGCGAGACGGAUGCCAUUUCCCCGGGCGGCGAAUCGCAUAAAGUUACGACGGAGAGGAUAGAAACCUCGUCGCCGGUCGAGAGCGCGUUGAAUAUCGGAACGAGCGCGACGCCGAAAGAUCCAGUGAAGAAGCCGGAUGUUCAGACGAACGCGUACGCCGGUUUUACUAAUAAUAUGCAGCACGGUGAGAAGCCUCAGCACGGCCAUCAGCAAACAUCGAUUUCGGAGAAACCGAUGAUUCCGGUUCCGGUUAUCACUCUAACGGAACAGAAAUUGUCGACAUUGCAACCCGCCUUUACCGAAAGUCCUGUUUUCCAAAUGGUCAGCGUGAUUCCGGUGGCUGAAAAGGUCAGCCAAACCGACUCGUUUGCAGCUGACGUCGCGAGUUACGCGACUACGCAACUGCCGGCUCAAACCGAAGAACUCGGUCAGACCGAAUACGUGGAGAUAACCCUGUCGGAAGUACCUGAAGACACGACAUUUUCGCAAUUGUCAAGUCUAAAUACGCAUCCCGCAGAUGAUGUCACGAAGCAGACGGCGAACGACGCGGAUCAAGAAGUGGGAGUUCCGGCGAUCCAUUAUUCAACGACCACGCCGGGUACAGCGGACUCCUCCACGACGGUCGACACAAAGAAGAUCGUGACGCACGAUCAGUUCGGUGAGGCAACAAGUAUGACUGACAAGAUUCCUCCUUUGAACGUGAGUUACAUCCUUCUGCAGAGCAAGAACAAUACGAAGCCGUCCAAAGAUCCUUCAUUCGUGCCUGGCGUUACGAAAGAGCCGCAGAGCGUAACACAUAAUGACGAUAAGAUAAUCCCGCAAACUAAUAUCCCGCUUUCUCACGCAUCUGCGCCGCUCAAAGGUGCCGAAGAGGCGUCUAACGCAACCGCGCUAUACUCGCCGUCCACGCUCGCUUCCGCGUCGGGAAUCGAGAUCUCGACCGCGCCGAUCCCGCCGUACACGAGUCAUCGUCUCGGCGAAGGUUCCACCACGAUUACGAAAGAAGCAUUGAGCUCGAUUACGCCGGCGUACACGGAGAGUCAUCUCGAUCCGCGGCCGACGAAAAUUCAGUCCUUAGCGCCGAUAGAACCGUUACGCCCGCAGCUGAUCGAUUCCUUGUCGAGUGUGAUGAAUCAAGUUGCGGAAGUGAAACCCUCCGUGAUAUCUCUGUCGUCGAACGAGGCGCCGGGGAUGUCGCACGUCAAUUACGAUCAAAGGCGCAACGAUUCGGACAAAGUCACGAUUGCGGAUCAACACGAUGCGUCUCACGGCGCGAACGCGGAGAAUAAGCCCACCGUUAGUCCGCAAACCUACGCGACUACAAAAGCUCCAUUGCCGGACCUCACCACUUGGCUUGUCGACUACACUGUUACUUAUCGGCCUCUCAACGCACUCGCGGCGGACACGGAACCGAUCGCGAGCGAAGGAACGAGUGGAUUGACAACUGGCGGUGCAGCGAUCACGCCAGCUGGAUUAAGUAUCGAAUCGACAACGAUUUCGGAGUCGACGAUAUCGCCGUUAUGGACUCAGUCGGAAAAAACUCACGACGCUUCGCUGGAAGAUCAGACCGCAGCUCCCGCGACUCUCGAGAUUGCCACCGCCACUGACGCGGCUAACGACGAAACCACGUUGGCUGAAAUUUUGCCCACCGCUUCGACGGCACUCGAUGCGACCACGAAAGCGCAAUCGACAAUCGCGUCGAACGAAUCUCUAAACAAACCCACGGCGAUUAACUUCGACAACGCCCUCGCGAAUUUGAACUUGAGCAAUCCGGUGUCCGCGAUUGAUCAAGUAUUGAACCUCGCAUCGCUACUGUCUAGCGUUCCCGCGAUCGAACCGAUCGAUUUGCCCAGCGACACGUCCAAUUUCGUAGCUAGUGAUUUAGCGAGUGGUCUCAUUGCCGGAUUCGCGACAAAAUCGCCCGUCAAGGAAACCGACGAGGAUCAAGUGGCGAAGGAUACAUCGAGUGCAACCAUUUCGGACGUAACGAAGCUUGCAGAAUCGAUUGAAAACGUCACGCAAAUGUACGAAGAAACUACGGGACUGAAUGACGAUUAUCGGAAAAAUGUUACGCAACAGCCAUUCUUCAAGCAUCCAGCUAGAAACGACACGUUAGAAUUGAUUUCGCAGACGAAGGAAACAGAUAAGACAUCGAAACCGAUUAAAUUGUCAAACGAAAAACUCGAGGAUUCCGCAGAGGCAUCUUCGUCUCUCUCGCCAAAUAAAAUCGCUAUUAGCGAUGAAUUGAAGAGCAGCGCACAAAGCACGAUUACUACGAGAAUUGUUACCGUGCGUCCUGAACAGUUGUCAACGAUGAAGAUCCAAUCGCCAAAUGUCAACGAGACGCUGUUUGACAAGAAUAAUGAUAAUCAGAAGAAAACGGAAAACAAAGAGAAGCUGAAAACAACGGAAGCGCCGAACAUAAGGAUAGACGUGAGUCCGGAUGAAUUUAUAUACAAAAUCGAUUCGUCUAAAAAUGAUAUAAAAAAUGCAACGCAUGUAGAAAAUAAUCAAAGAAUCGAGACGUUAGAUAAGAAAGAAUCCUUGACAAACGCGUCGGAAACGAAGGAAACCGCUGAAAUUCACUCUCACAAACAUAUCAGUAACAUUACAACGAAUGCUGCUGCUUCGAGCACCACCCUCGUGACUGAUGGAAGUUCCACCAAGUCCGUGCUUGCGCAAAAUCACGUCACCGAACCGACAACUGUCCACAAAAUCAAAGAUACUAACGUGGCCACGCUGACAACGCCGUACGCCGCGACCAGCAAUCGCAUAGCCGUACAGAAUAACAAGAACAAUUACGAUAGUCCGUCGUCUACGCCGUCGAUCCAGACGGAUGCAAGCACCGACAGCCCGAUAGCAGCGCAGAAAUUAUCGGGCGACUCGAAGAAAGAGGAACUUUCACGACCGAGUCUGGCCAACGGUACGGAUAGUUUGAGCUCCGCUAAUAAUACACUCUUAAAUCAGAAUAAAGAUGUGUCCAGUAUUACCGAACUGUCGACGAAGAACGCGUCAAUGCAGGCGAAUUUGAACGACACGGAGAGUAAGCCCGCGGCUCUGAAACAUUCCGAGAAUCCUUACAAAUCGUCGACACCGAAUCCGGUCCAUCAGACGUCGAAGCAUCCUACGAUCGAGCACAAGCCCGCUGAGAAACUCAACGUCUCAAAGACUGACGCGCCUGUAAGCGCGGAGGAUAAGUGGACCCUUAUUUCCCAACAAGCCACGCCAACUAUGACGAAGCUGCCGAAGCCGCCGCGGCCGCUGAAGCCGCCGAGGAAACCGGUCGGUCAACAGACGUCCGGCUCGGAUGACAGUGCCAAUCUUCGCUCUCCGAGCACCGAGGCGACCCAUCAGCAGGAUCAGCAGGACCUGUCGUUGCAGUCGGUGCUGCCGCUGGACGCGUCUCAGAGCGCGAGCGGCCUGGACGUCACCAUAAGACACACGAGCUCCGACAUCGUCAACUUCGCCAGGCUGUGCAACGAGCUGGCCUUCAAUUUCUGGAUGGCCACCAACAAGGGUCUGAGCACCGCGAGGUCGCUGGCCCUGUCGCCGUUCGGCAUGACCAGCCUGCUGGCGAUGAUCUUCCUGGGCGCUCGCGGCCCGACGUCCGAUCAGAUGAACGAGAUCCUCGGGCUCGACGACGUGGCCACGUUCAAUCCGCACUUGGUGUUCCAGAACAUAACCGACACGGUGAGCCUGGCCAGAGGCCAGGGCAUCGCGAACGCCGCGUUCGUGCGCGAGCUGUUCGCCGAUAAGAUGAAAGUGAGGAAGCUGAUGCCGUUCUACAAGGAGCAGGCCCAGCAGUUCUACGAGGGUCUCGUGACCGAGGUGAACUUCGCGACCAUCAGCGAUCUCGUUCGCAGGAGGACGAAUUUGCUGAUCAGGAAGCAGACCGGCGGUAGGAUCAAGGACUUCGUCAAGACGAACACGGUGCCGCUGAGGUCGCCCCUGGCGGCGCUCUCCGCCAAUGUAUUCCAGACCGAUUGCAACAGCACGCUGACCAGUUCCGUCGGCCGGGACGGCGAGUUGUACUUCGCCGUCUCGCCGGCCGUCAGACAGCGGAAGCUCGUCCCGGUUCCGGCGACCACCUGGCGAUCGGGUGUCCUGGCCGGCUACGAACCCAGCAUCGACGCCACCGCGGUCGCCCUCGGGGCGAGCGAGAAAUUGGUCUCCACGAUCUUCCUGCUGCCGGGUCAGCAGGGUCACACGGCGCCCGGCGACACGCUCGAUCGUCUCGAGCAACGUCUCGUUAGAAGCGCCUUCCGCGACGGUGCCUGGAACAAGCUUCUGAAAGUUCUGAUACCGAGGAACGGCUUGGAGCUGCAGGUGCCCAAGUUCAGUCACAGAUCCGUCAUCAAUGCCACUGCCGCCUUGAAAAGAAUGGGCCUCGACGAGCUCUUCUCCGGCAACGCCGACUUCAAGGGCAUCAAUGGCGUGGGUCACCGACUUCACUUGGCCGAUGUGUUGCAGAUGAAUCUAUUCAGCACCUGUGGCGACGAAAAUAUUCUCAGUGGUCGGCAUCACGUGGAAACGUAUCCCGCGAGCCCGCUAAGAAGAAAUAUCAAACGACAACCGAUGGAAGACACCGACAAUUUCGGUAAAAGCGCGGAAGAGGAUGCACCGAGACAACACAGCGGCGUAUCAUCGCAAGAGGACCACGCGAGUUUGUUCCACGGGGACGAGUCGCGUAUGGAUCAAUUCUACAGAGAGAGAAGGCAGCUUUCCGGAUCGUCGGAGAAACCGAAAUUGAAACUCGACAGGCCCUUUUUGUACUUUGUUCGGCACAAUCCCUCCGGUAUUAUAUUACACAUGGGACGCUUUAAUCCCAGAUUAUUGGUUUAAACAAAGGCUCAACCGUUUGUCACUGAAUGCCAUUAAUUCGAUUCUGUUCCUUCUAUUACCGUCUUGUAUCUAUGAAUUCUUAUAUCUCGAGAAAGGAAAGAAACAGUCGAUUUGAUACAUUGCUCAAAUAAUUCUUUUUCUACCAGUUCAGCGAUGCUGUCGCGGCUCACUGUAUUUGAACAGUGAAGGUAGGAUACGUUUGGCAUAUUCUAGAGAAUUUGUAAACAAUUGUGCUUAGAGUUACUUCUUACGUAUUAGCUUUUUCACCGUUUUUAUUUAGAGGUAAAAAAUUAGCGCGAUAUCCCGCACGAUAUCGCUUGCCACAUGCUAAUAAAUGUAAAGCGAGCCCACGCCGUCUCGGCACGGAUCGUAUUACUUUAUAUUUAGGGAAUAUAUUUAGGGAGUGGUUAAACGCAUAAAAAAAAAUAAUAGACUGAAAAACGGAGGGAAGAAAGAGUACGAAGUGGUACGAAAGAGAUCUUAAUCGCGGUCCAAAUAAUCAUUAUUUCUUUCACGCGAAUAAAAUACGACGAUUAAUGCGAACUUUGAACAAAAAAUUUUCAAUUUUCGAGCGUUUAUCUCGAUUUCUAAUCUAUUUGGACCCUGAUUGACAUUAGAAAGACAUCCUUUUGAUACGAUUUACAAUUGUGAUAUAACUGAGCGUUGAAUUUUUUUUUUUUUUGUACAUUUCGUAGAAUAAAUCCAUUAGAGUGCGCGUUCAGUCCACACAUUGUAUAUGAAAAAUAUCGUCGAGUAUGUAUUUUUCCUGACAGACACGGUUGUCGAAUGGAUGGCGCGUUAAAUAAAAGUGACAUUCUCGUUCGUUCUUUCGUUUUUUGAAGACAAUUCCAAGUUUGCUGCUCGGGCAUUAUAGUACAUAUGGAUGUAAGAUAAAGAAAUCGCGUUAAUGCUGAUAUCGCGCGGCAUACCGUAAAUAACAAUAGUUCUCGAAGAUCCCUCUUUCACAUUGACAGUCUCGAAUAGGACAAUGACCGACCAUCCGUUGAAAUUGUAGAAUAGCGAUAAUGAA